UGCAUCCUCUCUGCCAAAUCUCUCCUGGAUCCCACACCCAGCCCUGACUAGAAGACCCCCGAAACAACACAGUGGUCAAAGUUCAAACCAUCCUCGAUUCCUCGCUCUAUACUCUCUCUCUUUUUCUCACUCUCUCUCCGGUGUCAGCAAUGGCUGACUAUGGUGGUGGCUUCUCUCUCCCCCAAGGAAGAGACCUGUUCCACACCUCCGACGAUGAGUCCUCCGAGCACAGUCCUCGUACUGUGGCGGCCAUCCUCCCUGCUACUGCAGCUGGACAUGGCUCAUCAUCAUCGUCCAAGCCCAAGAAAACCAGAGGUACCAGUACUACCGCUUGUGACACUGAGUUUGGAUCAAUCCCAGAGAUAUCCAAGAAACCAAGAGGCAGACCACCUGGGUCCAAGAACAAGCCCAAGCCUCCCAUUGUGAUCACCAAAGAGUACUGUGACUCCGCCAUGAAGCCAGUGAUACUCGAGAUAUCCGCCGGCUCCGAUGUGAUCGAGACGGUCAUGCAGUUUGCGCACAGACAACAAGUGGGUAUCAGUGUCUUGAGCGGGUCCGGGUCGGUGUCCAACGUCACACUCCGACACCCUGUGUCCCACACGCCGAGCCUUACCCUGCAUGGACCCUUUAACCUCCUCUCUCUCUGUGGAUCAUAUUUGGGUUAUCCCACACCAACUUGCUCUACCAAACAACUUUCUUCUUCAUCUUGUCUUUCUGGCGCUUUUUCUUUUGCUUCUUGUUCUUCUUUUGGGAUAUGUCUUGCAGGGGCGCAAGGGCAAGUGUUUGGAGGGAUUGUUGGGGGGGAGGUUAUAGCGGCGAGUCUAGUGGUGGUGACAGUCGCAACUUAUACAAGUCCGGCGUACCAAAGGCUUCCCGGGGAGGCUGAAGAAUCUGAAGAUGAUCAGGCUAAGGCUAACAUUGAUUGUAGUGGUGCUGGUGGAAAUGGAAGUGAAUCUUGCACUAGCAAUAACGCCAUGUCCAUGUCUGUUUACAGCGUUGGUAGUCCAACCCCGCUCAGGCAGAUUGCUCCGGAUGUUAUGCUCUAGGGUCCCAUCUAUCACCCCGCCUAAUGAAGUAGAAUUUGAAGAAUGAAUACCGCGUAUUAUUACAUGCAGCUUUAAACAUACCCUCCGUACUUUACUCUCAAAUUUAUCUCGAAACUGCAUGGGCGACUACUUUGAUUUGAGGAUAAUUUGUGCUUUAAAGGAAAUCUCAUGAGUUUUCUCUAAUUCAUGUUAGCUUUAUCGGAGAAGUUUAUUCUCCGUCCGAGUUGCUCAAGUCACUACAAAUCCAACGGAUAUGAUCUGCUUUGUUAA